AUGGAAGACCCAGAUCAUGGUUGGAAGCCAAACAAACGGCCUCAGUCGACGGUAGCGCGCAACUUCAUGUCGGAGCUCGACAACCUCUUCAAGCUUGAUGGGGAUCUAGAUACCCAUCACAAGAACCUUCACGAAAAGAAGCAAGCUGUCAGCACACAAACGCAGGAGCUGGAGGCUCUCGAGGCGAGGCUCCGUGCAGCCGAAGAGCGAUUGAAGGAGGCAAAGGGCAGCUCUCCGCCGCGACGGAAGGACAGCCAGCGCCGCACUCCCGUGGAAGGCACCUUCUCCGACCAGGACAAGGCUGGGUUGCAAGGCCCCAACAGUCCAUUGGCACAGAAGACCCCACAGGCGACAGGAAACAUAUCAGGUGCGCUGCCAGAGACCCCUUCCUCUCACAGUAGCGCUGACUAUGUUCUGGUAGAGAGACCGCCCUCCGCCCAGCCUGUUGAAGCCGACAAGGCAUAG